CGCCGAAGCCGAGCGGGCGCUGCUAGCGGAGGCGCCAUAUUGGAAGGGACAAAACUCCGGCGACAGCGAGUGACACAAAUAAACCCCUGGACCCCCUGGUUCUCUAAGAGCUAAAGGCCCGCGAUGUUGUACUUAGAGGACUAUCUCGAAAUGAUUGAGCAGCUUCCAAUGGACCUGCGGGACCGCUUCACGGAGAUGCGCGAGAUGGACCUGCAGGUGCAGAAUGCAAUGGAUCAACUAGAACAAAGAGUCAGUGAAUUCUUUAUGAAUGCAAAGAAAAAUAAACCAGAGUGGAGAGAAGAACAAAUGGCAUCCAUCAAAAAAGAUUACUAUAAAGCUUUGGAAGAUGCAGAUGAGAAGGUACAGUUGGCAAACCAGAUAUAUGAUUUGGUAGACCGACACUUGAGAAAGCUGGAUCAGGAACUGGCUAAGUUUAAAAUGGAGCUGGAAGCUGAUAAUGCUGGAAUUACAGAAAUAUUAGAGAGGCGAUCUUUGGAAUUAGAUACUCCUUCACAGCCAGUGAACAAUCACCAUGCUCAUUCACAUACUCCAGUAGAAAAAAGGAAGUAUAAUCCAACUUCUCACCAUGCAACAACAGACCAUAUUCCUGAAAAAAAGUUUAAAUCUGAAGCUCUUCUAUCUACCCUAACGUCAGAUGCCUCUAAGGAAAAUACACUAGGUUGUCGAAACAAUAAUUCUACAGCCUCUUCCAACAAUGCUUACAAUGUGAAUUCCUCCCAACCUCUGGCCUCCUACAACAUCGGCUCAUUCUCAUCAGGAACUGGGGCUGGGGCGAUUACCAUGGCGGCAGCGCAAGCAGUCCAAGCAACAGCUCAGAUGAAAGAAGGACGAAGAACGUCAAGUUUAAAAGCCAGUUAUGAAGCAUUUAAAAAUAAUGACUUUCAGCUGGGAAAAGAAUUUUCAAUGCCCAGGGAAACAGCUGGCUAUUCAUCUUCUUCGGCACUCAUGACUACAUUAACACAGAAUGCUGGUUCAUCAGCAGCGGACUCACGAAGCGGGAGAAAGAGCAAAAACAACAAGUCUUCAAGCCAGCAGUCAUCAUCCUCGUCCUCUUCCUCUUCCUUGUCAUCAUGUUCUUCAUCAUCAACCGUUGUGCAAGAAAUUGCUCAACAAACCACGGUAGUACCAGAAUCUGAUUCAAACAGUCAGGUUGAUUGGACUUAUGACCCAAAUGAACCACGAUACUGCAUUUGUAAUCAGGUAUCCUAUGGUGAGAUGGUGGGCUGUGAUAACCAAGAUUGCCCUAUAGAAUGGUUCCACUAUGGGUGUGUUGGACUGACAGAAGCACCGAAAGGAAAAUGGUACUGUCCACAGUGUACCGCUGCAAUGAAGAGAAGGGGCAGCCGGCACAAAUAGAGGUGCUCGCCUCAUGUGAGAAAGGAAAAACUUCAACUAAACAUUUUAUAUAGGACUUUAAAGAAGAAAAGAGAAAAAAGAAACAAUGCAUUUCUAGGCAACCACUUAAAGGAUUUACAUAGACAAUCCUGUAAGAUCUUGAAUUUGAAUUUUAUGGGUUGUAUUUUAAUAAUGUAAGUAAAUUAUUUAUGCACUC